AUGCAGGACAUUAUUGACCAUUUACCCAAAUUGCCUGAAAUCCAACAACAAAAACUAACUAUUCCUGAAUUCGACGAAAUUGAAGUCAAAACAACUGACUCAGUAGAAAUAAAGAAGUUCAUACGUAAAGUAAAUUAUGAAUUCCUUGGUUUUCAUUGCAACCAUAAAGUUAUGGACAAAGAUUGCGACAUGGUUUAUAAGAAUGUUUCUGACAUAUAUAAAUCUGAAGAAUUUAAGACCUACGAUAACUUUGUUUCAUUAGUUGCUGAAUGUGUUUGGGAAAUAAGAGAUAAAGAUAGAAGAGGCAAAGUAUGGAACGAACAACUAAGACCCGCUAUGUUUGAGAUGAAGAGAGCAAUUGACGCCUUAGUUGUUUUAGCAGGUCAAAUUUCAAUGUAUAACGCAAAAAUGAACCCGCAAUGUUCAAAAUGUAAGGCAGCGAUGAGGAAAUAUAACUACUCCGUCAAAGAGAUAGAAAGAAUGAGAAACGACUAUGCAGAUUUAAAGAAAGAAGUAGAAAAGCCAGCAGAAGAUAAAAUGGACAUGUUAGCAUUUCUGAACAAAAAUUAUCCAACUGCUGACGAUUUCCUUCUAUCUGACGUCAAGAAGAAAUAUAAAGAAACCUUCGGCAUUGUUAAAACAUUCGAUGUACUAAAAGAAGAAAUAGAAGCUACAAAACUGUUUAAAGUCAUGAACCAUCGCAACAUAUACCAUGUAAAACGCUUGUAA